CUGAGUUUAUGUUAUUAUAAUCGUAGUGGGAAGAUAUGACGUACGUGAAAGAUUCUCUCCUCGAAUAUGGUGUUAUAUCCCAGGAAAACAACGAGUUGUGAUCUUUAAAAGGAUAUUACAGUUGCUUUGCUUUAUUCUGUGUUGUGCUUUUCAUAUGUACAUGAAAAAUCAUGAACAUCGAAACCCUCUUAGAGGCUGCUAAAUAUGUGGAAUCGGGUGGAGCACUGGCAAUCGCUACCGCAGCAGAGCAUUCAUUUACACGUGGGAAAGAUGAGGUUGAUAAUGGAGAUCCAAAGGGUGCCAGUUCUUACACACCAUCUAUUCUCGAGAAGCAAUUGACCGGCUCGCCACCACCCCCUAAACGUGCUCGGACCAAGUCUCCAGGUCCAAGAUACAGUGAGACACAGCAUCUUCUACCACCGGCGUCACAACAUGUGAUACCACCACCAACCUCCCAAGCACCCAUAACCAUAGCUACUAGCAUCCCGGUAUCCUCCUCCUCUUCCAUCAUCCAGCAUGCUCCACGUUAUCCUGCCACAACCCCUCCAGUGUCCUACCACCUCUAUACUCACAUACCCCCGCAACACCUGCAGCAACACCAUCCUGUUCACCAGCAGCAACAGCAACAGCAACACCAUCCUCGUCCAUCGCAGCAGCACCCGCAACUUUUGCCACAACAUGUCCAACAGCAUCAUUUCCAAGCGCUGACUCACCACCAGCAAGCUGAGAACCAACAACCACAACGCUAUGUUGCGGCCUCCGUGGCUAACGCCGUGCUCUCAACGCAGCCUCCUGCCCCUCCACCGACACAUCCCCCACCAGUGCCACCUCAUCCACUUCUAUCACCACCACCGGCAUCAUCUGCAGGAACCUCCCCACGUGUGGUGGGGCCUAGUCAGGCUAUGGACCUUCUCCAGCUGGCUGAAUCCCAAGGACACAAGUACACAACACUUAACAACGUCACUAGCCCCAGGGCGAGGAGUAGCCCUGGAAGUCAUCAUGAUAACAUUAGCCCUAGACUAGUCCAUCAAAUCGUCAGUCAUAACCAGUGGGUUGCUGGGGAGAGACCAGGUUCACCAAAGCAGUCACCGGGUCAUCCAAAGGCAUCUGGGGAAAGUGACUCAAACGAUUCUGCAAAUGAUGGCAGUGGCAAAGAUAAAAGGGCUGGAAUCAGAGAAGUACAUAAUAAACUGGAGAAAAACAGACGGGCGCAUCUGAAGGAUUGCUUCGAAAACUUAAGAAAUACUGUUCCUAACAUGGAGGAUAAGAAGGCAAAGACAUCCAACCUUAGCAUCCUACGGGGCGCCCUCAGGUUCAUCCAGGUCUUGACACGCAAAGAGCGAGAGCUUGAACACGAGCUUGACCGACUGGUACGCCAGAAGAUUGAGGCUCAGCAGAGACUGGACCUUCUCAAGAUCAAGAACGGCUUGACCAUCGGCAAACCCAUCAAGCUACCAACACUUACAGGCAGGGAGGAGGAGGAGAUUGAAGAGGAUGAUGAUGACGAUGAGGAGGAGAGACUGGUCGUUGUCGAGGAUAAGGAUGUGGAUGUGACGGUGGAUGAUGAGAUCAAGAAUGAAGUUGAAGAUGACCAAGUAUCAACAUCAACUGCGUCAGAAGCGGAAGAAGAGGAGAGGAAAUCUCGUGCUCAGUCCCGAUCUCAGUCUCCUCUUCACCAACCUGUGUCAUCAUCUCAUCUCUCUUACUCUCUUCCUGGAGUCUCCUAUCAGCAAGCCUUCGCCAGCUUUCAAGGAGCCAUAAAGGAGACCCCUCCGUACACCCACGCUGCCUCCCGUCCGGUGGGUCUCAGCCGCUCGGCCAACGAAGCCAUGUUGAGGUUCACCACCAUGAGAGACGCGCAACCCCCUCAGGGUUCGGAUCCGUUAAGGCCGAAACAGAAACUCCCUGAGGCCAUCCUGCCCAGGCAUGGGUCAGCCCCAUCCUUAGGAACCAGUGCCAUUCCACCACAAAGGACCACAUACAUGCAAAUGACUCAAGACAACGUAUCCUCAGUGCUUCAUAGUGUUGCCAAUCAGAUAUCACCUGUCACAAGGAUAGAGACACCCAUUGUUGUCAGCCAGUCCUCUGGAGCACUGGCUGGAAGUGUGACUAGGCAGACAGUUAGCCAGCUCUUAGGGAAGCAGCCAGUGGUCAGGCAACCUGUUAGACGGCAGCUAUCAGUGUCUCAGCUUCCUGUCAUCCAGCAUCCGCUUCAGACUCCUCAUCAUCUCCUUCCUCGGAUCAUGAACACCAACCCUUCACUCAGGUUAGGAUUCAACCCAACCACUCAAGGUGUGAUAGGACCUGCCAAGCCAGUAGUUACAGUGGGAAUCAACUCGCUGCUUGCACAACCUUCAGUCAUUCAAACAACCAGCACCCACAGGACUGUCAUAUCAAACGGAUCAGGGACAACAGUUCCUGAUCCAAGCACAGUGACAUUCACUGCCAAGCCAACUACUCCAUCAGUCAUCACUGCCUCUCCCUUCACAACCCCUAUUGAUACUAGUCCUCUCAUAACAAGUGUUCUGGGUACAUCAACUGCAGGAGUGUCAAGGUCUACAAGUCUGAUGACAGCGUCAGUCAUCACUCAGACUCUCCCAGUCAUGUCCCAUACUGGACACAACCAGUUUAUCCCUCCUAUUGCCCUUCAGUCUCCUGCUAAUGCCGGGGCUUCUCUUCUCUUUCACCCAUCUAGCUACAUUGGCCUGCCUCACUCCAUGUUACCCCAGCCCUUCCUUGGAUCCUUCGCAGCCACCAGACCAUCUCACAUACAACUAGCCACCUCUACACAGGUUAGCCCAUCCUUUGCAGCGUCACAACCUCUUGUCCAUCCGUCCACGCAACCCAUUGAUUCAGCCAAUCUAUUAGCUCUGGCACAAGCGCUCCCUAAACAAAUGCCCCCUGCACAGUUUCCAAGUGCCCUGAGCAUCGGUAGUCUUGCUUCUCCAGGAACUCUGCUCUCAACAAACCUAUCAGCUGUCAAUCAUGGUUCCUUCACAACUGUGUCAUCAACCCCAAUAAGUGCAGCCCCUGCUGUCAAAAACGCAAUGUCCGCAGCAGCCCCUGCGAGUAAAAAAUCCAAAUCCUCGGCCUCUGGUUCAUCUGGGGGCAAGGGGUCAAGGAGCAAACAUGGCAAAAGCCUUAACGGUAAGACUGAAAUCCAGAUUACAACCUCUAAGAUUGCAGAGACAAUGGCCACUCUGGCCAAUACGCAGGUCAUUGCCAACAAUGGACAUUCCACGUCAACGGUCAAUAACAGGAGUAGCCAGCAGUCUGUGGUCGUCAAAUUAUAGCGCCUAUAUAUGGGAAAGUGUCUCUGGUGUAUACAUGUAAACUGCCUUAUGACUGUAGUUGUUGUGAGUUGGUGAGACUUCAGUGAAAGAUACAAUUUGCUGAUAGCUACACACUGUGAGCUUGCUGCAUGGUUAAGUCUUUGUUUGGGAAGCUCAUGCUGUCACAGACUUGCAGCAUGUCCAGAUGACAAGAUGUUUGUCCAAGAUUUUGAUUAUAAGUGGGAUGCUUUACAUGAAUUUUUUGAAAGGCCUGAGCUUGCAAUGCAGAGUUACACACACACACAAUUAUUUUAUUAUCAUGCAUCUAAUUCUUUCUUGUAAAUCCACUCCAAAUUAGCAAUGUGUUGAGUUUGUGUAAGCCUCUACUCAAACAAGGCAGUAACUAAUAUUAUUUUAUGUUAUGCUUAAUAGUUCAAAGAUGUAAUAAUUAACACUGAUGAUAUUUUCACCUUAUUCAAUUGCAAUGUAUUUUCAAAGUGGUACUGUUUUAGUUUUUUCCCCAUUUUUUCAAAUAUUUUCAAAUAUUGGCCAUUGUAGGAAGAUUCCUGGUAAAUUGAAAACAAAUCGUUAACUAAAUUAUCAAACACUUUCCAGAGUCUAAAACAUAUUCUGCGUUUACAAGCAGAAAAGAUGUAAUGUUUGACAUGUUGAUAUUUAUAUUGUUUAUUAACGAAGGGGUCAAACAAAGGGAAAGGUUUCACCAGAAAAAAAGUAGCUUACAUUGAUCCCAAAGUUCCUAAUUUAAUUCAAGUUUCCAAGCAGUCCACUUUUCACCUGAUUUUUCAUCAAGUUCAAAACACAAAGGCAUUCAUCUUAAUGACUCUCUGUGGGCUUUUUUUAUUAGUAUAUUGUUCUGUUUAACUAUAACUAUCAUCACUAUCUUUGUCAUAUUAGGACAUUUCUGAAAAUCUGAUUUACAUGAAAUAUCAUGUCAUUUUAUUUUUAUGCUUCCAGAGUCCUUUCAUGGUCCAUAAAUGUUAUGAUGGGGUGCAAAAUCUCUGCACAUUCUUAUUUAAUAUGGUUUGGUUCUCCUACAAAUACUGUUGAUGCAAAUGUAGAUAUGUAAGAAUACUUUCAUACAAUAGAGAUAUAUAUAUAUAUUUAAAAAAAAUUCUGUACAUAGUGGAUAUAUAAAUGUGUAAAUGGCAUGUAAAUUGGUCAGUGGAGUAUGGCUCCAUUCUAUUGUGUGAAUGAAACACUUAUUUGUGUGUGAGAAUUAAUUUGCCAGAAACGAUUGAAUGCCUUGUGAUCAUAAUGCACUGUGUAGAUGAAAUUCAACUUGAGACUUUCAAUUCUUAUUAGCUUCUUGAAAUUCAUAUCUUUCAUCUUGUCAAGAGUUUAUUCAAAUUAGUCAGGGACAGAAAGAGUAACACUCGCUAGAGUAUGCAUCAACUAAAAAAGACUUCAUGGUCCAAUUUAUUAUUUAAUAAAAAUACCUGAACAUUUCCUUAUGUUAAGGUGCUCUCUGAUCCUUCUUAUUUUUUACACACAUUUUUUCCUUCUUUGAUAUGGUAAAUGUCAUUUGAUCUACUCCAAGCCAAAAAGGUUUAAGGUCAUGCCAUUAAGACAGGGUUUCUGGCUCUCAAUAGACAAUUUAAAUGGGUAUGAAUUAUAAUGACAUGCAUCUAAUUGUCUACUAGAGCAAGAGCUAAAAUAAAAUAAAAUAAACAGUACUCAAACUAAUUUCUGCUGCCCUCUUAGAAUCAUCCCCUAUUGUUUGUUACACAAUGGCCCUUUCAAACUAUGUAAACUCACUAUGUAACACAUGUUCUUGGUAUCUGAUUUGUUUACUACUUUGUUUUCCUAUUAGCCUCUCUAGGAAUUUCUUGGAUGGUGUGGGGGCAAAAUUAGUGUACUUUGUAUUAUUUUUUUUUUUGCGGAGGAAUUUUCAGAUUUCCCUUUUUUAAAUCACUCUCACUGUUGGUAUCAACUCUGUGUAACCAUAGAUUUUCCAGGUACUGUCAAACUAUACUGAUUAUGCACACCAUCUCAUGGGUUAAAAGAAAAUGGUGCCAGAGGGAGAUUGAAAGCAGACAUUGGAACUAUAAAGGCUCGUUCAGAUAUGAUAGGGUAACCGCACACAGACACCACUAAGUUUUUUUUCUUGGUGUAAGCGUAAAUGAAUAGUUACUGCGCGCAACAACGGUCUUGUGCCAUGUCCACUGAGCUCCGUGUUAUAAGAUACAGAUAUAUGACACGUAUUACACUUAAUGUCAUCUUGAAAAGAAAACGCUUGGGUUUUGCUGGGUCAUAUCUGAAUGAGGCCUGAGAAAGCAUGUGGAAAGUCUUGUAUUACUAAGGGUUCAGUUACUGGGCACGUGGUUACAGGCAUGAGUUAUGUUGGAUAGUAUGAUCAUGAAUUAAAUUCAAAUAUGUUUAAUUUCCAGUUUGAAUCUUAUGAAUAAUUAUUACCAUGAUUCUUUUUUGAAGAUCGCAUUAUGUGACGCAUCUGUAUCAGAGAGAUACAUUGACCUGGCUAGUGGUAAAGGAUAUGCUAAGGUAUGCUCAUGAUAAUAAAUCCCUUGAUGUAGAUUGCAAUUAAUUGCAAUUUUGACAUAUGGUAUAUAGUUUUGUUUAGCAGAGAUGAUUUUAGAGGAUUACCCAUCCUGCCCACACCACCCACCUUUGUCUAUGUUAAUCUUAUACCCUUUUCUACGACUAGCGUUUGUUUGCAUUAAGGCUAUACACUUUCUGUGACAAUGUAAAACAAACGGCCAUUUUUAACCUGUACAUAGACAUAUGGUAUACCACUGUGAAAGUUGACCUUCCACAUGCCUUACAAGUCUAGAAGAGUAUCUGCCUCAUUCAAACUAUUGAUAUGAAAUAGUUCAUUCUAUUAUUGUGUUAUUUAUUGGUUUCAUUGCACACUUCAUCCAAAUGUUGAAAUAUCUAAACAAUUUUAUUGAUAAGGCAUUGCAAUGGGAUAGUCAGGAGAAACAUAAUGAAUAUGCCCAAACCAAAAAAAAAAAAAGGUAAAAGGAAAAAUGGAACUCCAAUUUCUUACUUGUAAUCAUGAUUUUGUAAUAAAAAUGUGACUGAAGUUUGGUUUCAAGUUCAUAGAUAUAUGUAUUUUCAUCAUGAGAGGAAGAUUCAACCCUGAUAGCUAAUUGUUUUGAGUUACAACAGAGUAUACCUAGGGAAACAGCUAAGAGAAAUCCAUAAAUAAUUAUGAAAUUGCGAAGCUUUAGAUCCCUGGCAUGGGAAUUUCAAUGAGGUAAAUCUGUGAUGUCAGGAUUAUGAAAUGUAGGAUAACUCUCCCAUAUCUUUCUGUUAUUUUGUUGGCUAGAAAUAUAAUUGUUCUCAAUUUUAUAACUGAGUAGGUUUUUGUAUUUGAGAACAUGUUAAUACUAAUGGAUUUUUAUAAUAUAUUUUCGAGCCUGUCCCAAGGCAUAAUAUAGUUUCAGAUUACUUGUAUUUCACUUUACUUUACAAACUAAUGCAAUAGUUAAACUAUUGUCGAACAGGGUGAAUUGGAAUGAAAUUGAAUUCAUGUUUUGACAUUUUUCUGUUCAUACCUUUUUGACCUUUUUUGUGUAAUAUUCCUGGGGAAAAGCAAUGUCACAAUCCCAAAUUUGUUCCAUUUACACAGGUGUUCCCAUGAACCUCAUUUUAUAGUACAUGUGUAUUACCUCACAAUAGCAUGACAAAUGGACUUGUUUAAGAGUCUCGUACAUUCAAACUCAUUUGUUGAACUUUCUUUUCGAAUUUCAAUCUUUUACUCUUAUAUGCUUUCAUUUAUCCAAAUCAACUUAUGAUGAAAGAUGGUUUCCCUUAAAGUUCCAUAUUGACCUUCUCUAAAUUGUGUCUUGUAUAAUACUAACAAAUUACUGGAAGUGUGGUAUUUUGAUGAUAAGAUGAUGUAAAAGUAAAAAGAAGUUAGUAUGCCGGACAAUGCUUGAAAUCUUCACAAUUUUGCCAAAGAAAAGAUUAAUGAGUUGUUAUGCACUUUAAGUAAAAACUAAUCUUAUGGCUUAUCAUUACGUUUAUGAAGUUUUGCUAGAAUUGAAUUUAUUUUUGAAAAUUUAACAGGUAAUGAUGUAAUGCCAUUUACCUACCUCUCUUAAAUGCGAGCAAGAUACACAAUGAAUCAUUUAGAGCAAAUAUUCUCUAACAAGAAGGAAAAUUGAAUGUAUUGUGUGGUAUAAUACAGCUUGUUAGGAUUAAUACAUUUUAAAUGCGUGGACGUUCUGUAACUAGAUCACCAUUUUAGUACUGCCGAAAGAUGUUUACACAAGUGUAUAGAUGUUUGGAAAAAAGCGUGUUGCGCAUAAGGGUUAGCUAAGAAUGAGGACAGCUAGUACACACUUGAUCACACAUAUUAUUCCUGAAUUCUAGAAAGUUGAACAGAAAUUGGGAAGCAUAUAGAUCCUUUUUUGUGUAAUGGGUGAUAUAGUCCAUGAUUUCCUUGUUAUGCUGCAAAUUGCACACUUAUUCAAAAUAUCAAUCUUUUAAAACAACAAAAUGUUCUGUCUAGAUGUUGGGGACAAAAUCUGAAAGGUUUAUUCAAGUCAAAACUAAAUGAGUGGUGACACAAAUGGGUUUUAUUUAUUUAGAUUCUUAAAAAAAAAAUAUUAAUCCUCUUGUUGAGCUGAAAACAAUGAUUUUGGAGUUAUCUGUAAUAUGCAGGGCAAACAGAAGUCUCAAUGAUCAUGUUUGGAAAAUCAUGGAUCAUUCUCAUGAUGCCAAAUUUAAGUAUUUUUUGUUUAAUAGUUGGGAUGUUUUCCUGUGAAGAUAUGUAAAAUAAUCCCACUUCUAGUACAAUUUCAUAGACAUAUGAUGUUUGGAGAAAAAAAAAGAUCUAUUAACAGCUGGAUUGCCUUUUUGAAGAGCGUCCUGCAUGAUCAUAUUUUGAGAACCAUUGUUGCGAAUGAGUUAAGGACCUUACAUGUUAAUUUAAUGUGAAGGAGACCAAAUAAUAGGCAUUAUAGGCUGCGUAUUAAAAAGAAAUUCUGUACGGUUUCAUAUUGGGUAAAUGUGCUAUAUACAAUCUUAAAUUUGAUUCUGUAAGGUGGAUUAUUAUUGUCCCUUUUAUGAAUAAUAUAGAAUAUUUAGAAUUCAUUCGGAACUGGUUUGCCACUCAUAUAUUUCAUUCAAUUUGCUUUUCCUAAUACAACUAUACGUAAUCUACAAUUCUUCAUUUCUCAAAUGCUAUUGAAAAUUUAAUGACACAAUUUACUCUGAAUAUCUUCACUCAUAAACUGGAUUUCAGUAACAUUUUAAAGUUUCUAGGUGUCAGAUUUUCGUUAAAUUACUGAAUUUAAUGUUUCCUCAUUUAAAAUUCAUUAUUUGUAAAUCUCUUCCUGAAAAGAUGGUUAUUUUUAAAUCUUGUAGGAGGUAAAUCAUGCUCUGUAAAAUUCAACAAAGUUGUUUUCAUUUUCUUAUUACUUCAUCACGAUGAUAAUCAUAGGAAAUCACUACUUAUUACCUUCCAUACUUUUUUGUGUAAAUUGGAAGAAAUAGAAUUGGAUUGUGUAGGAGGUUUAAUGAAGAAAGAGAAUAUUAACAGGGUUACUGAGUGCUUGCUGCAGUUUGUAAAGAAAGAAUAAACAGAAUAUAUACUUAUAAAAAUAGUCUUACAUUACUUUUUUUUUUACCUAAAUGUUAUAUACAUUUUAUUUCCAAGAGAUGUUUUUUAUAAUGUAGUUUCUCUUUCAGUAUAAAAUCAAAGUCUUUGAUUUUAAUAACAACAUUGUUGAUCCUAACAUCUUAUUAAUCCAUUGUUUUAUUUGCUGUACCACAUUUCCCAAGCUCGCUCAAAAUAGUUGCCAUAUUUCCUUAUUUAAAUACAAUCUACAAUUGUGAUGAUAGAUAAUAGAGUUGUCCAGCACUGGGAAUUAAUGUGCAUAAUAAUUCAAGCCUUUACUGAGUUAUAAACCAUUUAGACAAUUAUUAUCUCUUUGAUUAUAGUUGUAUUUGGGAGUCUGAAAGACUGUCUGAGGUAAGCUUGACUAUGUACCCAGCUUGCAUCCUGUCAAUUCGAAUCCAAUUAACUUGUUCAAAGAAAUUAAUGUAAUAUUUCAUCAUAAGUAAUCUAGGGAAGCAUCCAUACAUUUAAGGUCAAGUGAGAAUACAUAUGUGAAGAGCUAUUCUCUAUUCAAGGAUUUGUUAUAAGAAUGAAGUAGUCUCAUUCCAGACUGAUAUGUACAUUGCUGCAUGAUGAUUACAGAGUGUAAGAUUAUCUUGUACAGUAUCUAUAUUAUGUGUAUGUAAUACACACAUGAAAAUAAAGAAAAAGAUGUAAUUUUUCUAUCAAACAGA